AUUCCCAUCAAGUCAUUGAAGGAGGAAGAAUACACACAUCAUACAAUCAUCUCAUCCUUCACUUCCGGGGCAACCGGCAGUUCGGUUGACUGGCCCGAUCCGGGACUUGUGUGGUUGUAGCCUUGUGUAUUCAGUAGCAGUUGCAAAGGAAUCAAAAUGGUAGAGGAAGCUGGGGAUGAAAAGAAACUGGUGGCCAAGUUUGAGCUGGAGCGGGAGACUGAGCUCCGCUUUGAGGUUGAAGCCUCACAAAUUGUCCAACUAGAGCUUCUGACAGGCAUGGCUGAGAUCUUUGGAACUGAAUUGACACGCAACAAGAAAUUCACCUUUGAUGCUGGUGCUAAAGUGGCUGUCUUCACCUGGCAUGGCUGCUCAGUGCAGUUGACUGGUCGGACUGAAGUAGCUUAUGUCUCCAAAGAUACCCCCAUGCUGCUGUACCUCAACACCCAUACAGCCCUGGAGCAGAUGCGGUGGCAGGCUGAGCGUGAGGAUGAACGGGGACCUCGAGUCAUGGUGGUGGGCCCCACAGAUGUAGGGAAGUCAACUGUCUGUCGCCUGCUGCUGAAUUAUGCUGUGCGCUUAGGGCGCCGACCCACUUUUGUGGAACUGGAUGUAGGCCAGGGCUCAAUCUCAAUCCCAGGCACCAUGGGGGCACUGUAUAUUGAGCGACCUGCAGAUGUUGAAGAAGGAUUCUCAGUUCAGGCCCCUCUAGUCUAUCACUUUGGGUCCACGACACCUGGCACUAACAUCAAACUUUAUAACAAGAUCACAUCUCGCUUGGCUGAUGUAUUUAACCAGCGCUGUGAGGUGAACCGCCGGGCUUCAGUCAGUGGCUGUGUCAUCAAUACCUGUGGUUGGGUGAAGGGAUCUGGGUACCAGGCACUUGUACAUGCUGCCUCUGCCUUUGAAGUUGAUGUUGUGGUAGUACUGGACCAGGAGCGCCUCUACAAUGAAUUGAAGCGGGACUUACCUCACUUUGUUCGGACAGUACUGCUCCCUAAGUCAGGUGGAGUGGUGGAGCGCUCCAAGGACUUCCGGAGGGAGUUUCGUGAUGACCGCAUUCGUGAAUACUUCUAUGGCUUCCGAGGGUGCUUCUACCCGCAUGCAUUUGAUGUCAAGUUCUCUGAUGUCAAGAUAUACAAAGUGGGAGCUCCCACCAUCCCUGAUUCGUGUCUGCCUCUGGGCAUGUCGCAGGAAGACAACCAGCUUAAGCUGGUACCAGUCACACCUGGUCGUGACAUGGUACACCACCUGUUAAGUGUUAGUACUGCUGAUGGUACUGAUGAGAACAUCUCUGAGACUAGUGUGGCUGGUUUCAUUGUAGUCACAGGAGUGGAUCUGGAACGCCAGGUCUUCACAGUGCUUUCACCAGCACCUCGCCCAUUGCCCAAGAACUUUCUGCUCAUCAUGGACAUUCGUUUCAUGGAUCUUAAGUAGUACCUGCACCAACAAUAAACUGAUAAGACUUCAACAGGCCACUGUUAGCUCCCUCACAAACAAAACCAUUACAAUCCUGAAUGGAACAGCAUUGUCACACAGACUGGGCAAAAGAGAAAGGAGUCACAAAAAAGGGAUGAGCACAAUUUGAAUCAUUUGAAAUAGUCCUUUCUGUUUUCCCCCCAUUGCUAGAAUGAACCCCCAAGUAGAAUUGUAGACUUAUGAACCACUAUAACGGACGAAAGUGUUGUCUGCUAGAAAGUUAGUUGAUUUGCAUUUCAGGGGGUGUCUCUAAAGCUGGUCUUCUUCCCUACAUUUUCAUUGCCUUAUCUGAAAGUGACCAUAUUGUAGAUAGGGCAGUUUUUUAACUAUGUGUAUAUAUAUCUUCAAUAAAUUUCACAAUGUUAAUAA